UGUUCUAUCACCCUCCUCUGUUCUGUUUCACAAACACAUUGGUAUAAUGUUCUUCACUCUAUGACUAUAAGUCCAACCAUCAGCUUCCUACUUCUUCGAGAAAAUAUCGGGAAGAAGUCCGUUGAAUUGAUUUGUCUUUGAAUUAUCUUUACUUGGUUUUUUUUCCACCAAUCUUUACCACUUUGUCCUUCAACUAGAAAAGAAAGCACAUAACACAUCACUAAGACAAUGUCUGGUGUAUCUCUAACUGUGGCUCCUGGAAGUGGGCCCGAUACAACCUCGACCCCAUCCUCGGAUCUUCGAGAGAAGCUUUUUCAUAGGAAUAACCGACAACCAAAAAGCCCUAUGGGAGUAAUGGGAUCAUUACGAGUCAUCGAACUCCAACUAGUAGCCUUCAUUAUGGUCUUUUCCGUGAGUGGCUUAGUACCACUUUCCGAUAUCAUAUUCCCGGCUUUUGUAUCAACUUACAUCAUUGGCCUCUCACGCUUUGCCUUCCCUUCUUAUAGUAGCCUUUCGUCUCACUCGAGAGAAAUCUUUCAGGGAAGUAGGCUUUUUCGGAGCUAUGUGAUAUUGGGGACAAUAGUUGGAUUGUUCUUGCCCCUUGCUUAUGUUCUAGGAGGAUUUGCAAGAGGCGAUAAUCAUGCAGUGAGAUCCGCAACACCACCUUUGUUCUUGCUUUCGUCCCAAAUUCUAACGGAGAAUAUAAUUAGCGGACUUUCUUUGUUUUCCCCACCGGUCAGAGCAGUAGUUCCAUUGUUGUACACGGGCCAGAGGAUUUUCGUUAUCGUUGAAUGGAUGCAAGAUGUUUGGUUACGCAAGACUUUGCAUGUCAAUGCUUCUGUCCAGGAUGUGGCAUGGUAUUGGUUCGGGAGGAUUUUGGCAGUUGGUAAUCUACUAUAUUUCUCGAUCAACCUUUUCUGCUUCUUGAUCCCUCGUUUUCUACCACGAGCAUUUGAAAGGUACUUUAGCGAAAGAGACGAGACCCACAGGAAGACAUCGGAGGAUAAGAAUUCGAGUACUGCAGCAAACACGUCUCAAACUUCAUCUAAGAAGUCCGACUGAUCGAUUUUUCAAUCUUAUAAUGUGCUUUCUUUCCUUUAAUGUUGGUGUAUUUUCUGAUGUCCUGAAGCUCGGUCACUACUAUGUUUGAACAAUGUAACUUUGGUUAAGCAAGUGUUGUGAAAAGUGUGGCAUAAAUUAUUGUGGUCUGUAAUCCUUGUACUCUUCAUUGCUAUAGCCAUACACAUAGCUGUCACUUGCUCAUAUCGGAUGUUAUUUAUGUC